AAGUAAGCCAUAUAUACAUACAUAAAAUAAGCAAAAGGUUGAAUCAAUAAUCAAUGGGGUAUUUGAUGUUGUUGGUUGUUAGAGUGGUGUUGUGUGUGUAUAUGUUUAUGAUGUUCCAUUUUGCAUGUUUGUCUUCUUCGCAUCUAUGCCAUUCCCAAGACAGCUCUGCCUUGCUUCACUUUAAGACCCAUUUCAUUUUUAACACUUCAUUUUUUGAAUAUGAGUGCCCCCAUGUUUAUCCAAAGAUGAGUACGUGGGAAAAUGAGACAGAUUGUUGCUCAUGGAUGGGUGUCACGUGUCACUCUGUGUCUGGUCACGUGAUUGGCCUUGAUCUCAGUUGUGGUGCACUUGUAGGUAAUAUCUAUCCCAACAGUACUCUUUUUCAUCUUACUCAUCUCCAAACACUCAAUCUUGCUUUCAAUUUUUUCAAUCAUUCUCCAUUGUCAUCUCAGUUUAGUAGGUUUGUGAGUCUCACAUACUUGAAUUUAUCUUAUUGUCACUUUGAAGGUGAUAUUCCUUCUCAAAUCUCACACCUUUCCAAAUUACAGUCACUUGAUCUCUCUUUGAAUGAUGGUUUAAAGUGGAAAGAAAGCACUUGGAAGAGAAUGCUGCAAAAUGCAACUGCUUUGAGUGAGAUUGUAUUGAAUGAUACAGACAUGUCUUCCAUUACCAUAACACCAAGUCAUUUGUCCAAUUGGUCUUUCUCUUUCUCUUUGGUUACUCUUAGUCUUCGUUGUACAGGAAUAAACGGAAACUUGACAAGUCACAUUCUUUGUUUACCCAAUCUUUAUGAGCUCAAUCUAUAUGGAAAUGAAAACAUUCAAGUCCAUGUUCCAAAGUUGAAUUGCAAUACUUCUCUUAAUGUUUUAGAUCUUUCAUGGUGUCAAUUCUCAGGAUCACAAAUCCCUUCUUCCUUCUCUAACCUCACACAUCUAACUUCUUUGUACUUGACUGGAAGUGAAUUCAAUGGUUCAAUCCCAUCCUGGCUCUCAAAUCUUCAACAUCUCACUCACUUGGACCUUUCAUUGAAUGCAUUCACUGGUUCCUUCCCAUCAUUUCUUUCAAACCUUCAUCAUCUUCUUUACUUGGAUCUUGCACAAAAUAAGCUUAGUGGUCAAAUUCCAAAUGUGUUUGAUAGGCUAACCAAGUUGCAAUUCCUUCGCCUAUUGGGUAAUAAUUUCCAAAGGAAGUUGCCAUCUUCUUUAUUUGCCUUAACUCAACUCUCUUCUCUGGAUUGUUCUAAUAAUGAAAUUGAGGGACCACUACCUAACAAAGUAGCCUUUUUAAAUCUCACUAAAUUAUCCUUACAAGGCAACUUAUUAAAUGGGACAAUUCCGCAGUGGGCCUUAUCCCUCAAGUCUUUGAGAUACUUAGAUCUAUCAUAUAACAGAUUCAGAGGGCACAUAAGUGAAAUUACAUCUUAUUCCUUGGAGUAUUUAGACUUGUGCAACAAUGAACUCCAAGGAAACUUUCCAGAAUCAAUUUUCCAUCUUGUCAACCUUACUCAUUUGUGCUUGUCUUCAGACAACUGGAGCAGUAUUGUCCACUUCUCAAUGUUUUCUAAGUUUCAAAACUUGGAGUAUCUUUGCCUUUCAGGUUGUAGCUCAUUAUGGCUAAAAUCUGAAACUAGUGUUAAUUACACUUUCUCCAGUUUGAGGGUACUGCAGUUGCUUUCUAGCAAUAUUACUGGUUGGUCAAAAUUCUCAGGAAAAUUUCCAGAGUUAUAUUCUCUUGAAUUGUACAACAAUAGUCUUCAAGAAAAAGUGCCCAAAUGGAUACAUGGUAUGGAUUCAUUAUUUUAUUUGAAUCUCUCACACAACAAUUUUACAUCGAUGGUCCAUUUCCCAUGGUAUCAACUUGAAUACCUUGAUCUUAGUUUCAACUCGAUGACUGAUGACAUUUCUUCCUUCUUUUGUAAUGCAACCUCUCUACUAGUUAUCAACUUGUCCCACAACAAAUUCACAGGAACAUUUCCACAGUGCCUUGCCAAUAGCUCAUCCCUUUGGGAUUUGGAUCUACAAAUGAACAAACUUCAUGGGACUUUGCCAGAUACCUUUCAGUAUCUUACUACACUAAAUCUCAAUGGCAACCAGUUCGAAGGUCUAUUACCGAAAUCAUUGUCCAAAUGCUCAAGACUUGUGGAUUUGAAUUUCGGUAAUAAUCAAUUUGAGGAUACAUUUCCCAAUUGGCUUCAGAAUCUAUCAAAGUUGGAAAUACUGGUCUUACGAGGCAAUAAGUUGUACGGUCACAUUGCAAAUUUGAAAUCUGAAAACAUAUUUCCAAGUUUGAUUAUUUUUGACAUAUCAUGCAAUAACUUUAGUGGCUCAUUACCAAAAGCAUACAUACAAAAUUUUCGAGCCAUGAAGAUUGUUGAUGAUGAUGUGCGAAGCCAUAUGUCUUAUAUUCAAACAUAUUGGGCUAUUAGUGGCGACACAACAGAAGAAUAUGACAAUUCUAUGAUUGCAACAAUUAAAAGUAUCAGUCUUACUUUUAAGAAAAUUCCAGAUGGCUUUGCAAUUAUCGAUUUGUCAGAAAACAAAUUUGAAGGAGAGAUUCCAGAUGAUUUUGGAGAACUUGGGGCCCUCAUAGGACUCAACCUUUCACAUAACAGCCUCAUUGGUCCUAUUCCCUGCUCUUUGGGAAAUUUGACAAAACUGGAAUCAUUGGAUCUCUCUUCAAAUAUGCUUACUGGGGAUAUUCCUACUGAAUUGGCAAAUCUGAACUUUCUUGAAGUCUUUAAUCUUUCCCAAAACCAGUUGGUGGGACCAAUACCCAGAGGAAAACAGUUUGAUACAUUUUCAAACGAUUCCUAUCAGGGAAACAUGGGGCUAUGUGGAUUGCCGUUGUCAGUUCAAUGCAACAACAAUGUCCCUUUGCCACAAUAUCCAUCUUCUGAGGCUGAAGACAAAUUUGGAUUUGGUUGGAAACCAGUGGCAAUAGGAUAUGCAUGUGGAACGGUACUUGGAAUAGGAUUGGGAUAUUGUGUGUUCUCAAUUGGAAAGCCUGAAUGGGUAGUGGUCCUCUUUGGAGGUAAAAGGACCAAAAGGAGGAGCCGUGGAAACCGCCGGCGUGCAAGAACAACUCUGUUUCAGCUUUUUGUUGUAAUGUAAAUGUGUAAUAAGUGUAUGUCUUGUGCUCUUGUCUUUACUUUAUGGAUGUCUACAAAUCUUAACGGUAUUUAAAGUAAGUACUUGUUAUAUAGUUGUAAGAUAUGUUGCAAGUGAAUUCUGUUUUCAAAGCCUAUAUAUGUGUGCGAGAGUUUCUUGGUCCAAAACUUCUUCACUUGCACCUUCCAAGUAUCCAGAAGACUAGAAUAACUAUCAUUAUUAUGCAUGGGUUCUGAGUUAUUAGGAGGUAAGGUGUUUUGAGUGUUCAUUCUUUUAGUAAUUAUGUUAGAACAAUUACCAAACCAUUAGGAAUAUCUCCAAUACAAUCUGAUUGUUUUUUUUCUUC